AUCUUCACCAUGAGUGCUCAGCAGAACCAGCUGAAGGAAAUCACUGACGCUGACUUCCAGACGUUCAUGACGUCAUACAAAUUCAUCCCCAGUGCACUGCAGUUUCUGGAGGCGUACACAGCAGAGGACGUGACCGUGGCGGAGCUGGAGGGAAGCUCGAACUCCCUGUGGACCAUCAGCCCUCCCAGCAGAACCAACCUGAUGCAGGUCCUGAGCAAAGAGGACCAGUUCCCCGUCACCAUGUCCUGGAGCGUCCAGCGGAAUCUGAGUCUGGGAGCGAAGGCUGAGUUUGCAGUGGACAAACACGUCACGUAUCUAGACACGAACACUAAACAAGAGCUGAUCGCUUUACUCAACGGCACCAGAAAUAAAGCUGUGGUCAUAGAGAAAGUGUUUCCCUGCUUCAUUCGAGCACCGAGUGACUCAAACGCCAAACCCAUAGAUCAGCUUUACACAGAUGAGGGCUAUAAGAGCGUUCUGCUGGACUUGGAGAGGUCUCGUAACGCCAGCGAACACCUUCAGGAGUGGUGGAUCGUGGACCAGCCGUCGAUGGGCAAGAUCCAGAUGCGCUCCGAGCCCAAGCUGGAGAAGAAGAGCGAGGCCGGACUGCAGCUCUACGUCUUCAGUGAUAAAGUCAGUCCUCCCAGCCUGGGCUUUCUGGCGGGAUACGG